CGACCGCCGGCGCUUGCGUUGUUUUUCCCGGUCCAUUGAACCUGCCAACCCUCCUAACCACAGGCACGCCAAACCGCGGGCUCCGGCCACCACCCCCACCACCACCGCCACCUGCCCUGCCGCACCUCUCCAACCCCAAAUCCAGGGGGGGCACCAUGCGUGCAUCGAUCCAUCGCUGGCGCGCGGGUCCGGCGGGGCGGUCUGUGAGGGCAAAUUUAUAUAGGUCUAGUGGGUACCCGGCUACGGAUAGAUAUGAUGCUGCACUGCACAUUUGCUAUAUCUGAGGCUCCUGCGCGCGCCUUGGCCCUUGGCCAGGUGUCUGUCAUGCGGGCGAUGCCGCAGGAAGAAGAAGCCGCGGUGGCGACGACGACCAUGGCCGGGGGCAAGGUGGCGGCGCUGCUGGCCACGGCGGCCGCGCUGCUGCUGCUGCUCCCGCUGGCGCUGCCGCCGCUGCCGCCGCCGCCCACGCAGCUGUUGUUCGUCCCCGUGGUCUUGCUGCUCCUCGUGGCGUCCCUCGCGUUCUGCCCCGCCGCGACCUCCUCGCCGUCGCCGAUGCAUGCCGCCGACCACGGGUCGUUCGGGACCACUGGAUCACCGCACCUAUGUUGACGCUGACGAUGAGAGGUCUCGUCGAUCGACGGUCGGCUUGCAAUGGCGCGUCGGAAUCAAGCAGUUCGCAGUUCGCACACGCAUGCAUAUGCCUGACGACGAUGCCAUGGAUCGGAGCGAGGAAAAAAAAUGUACAGUACAGGGUAAACUUGCUAGUAGAGUAAUUGGAUUGCUUAGGCGCUUAUAGCUUAGCUGCGGCCUUGUAGCGUGAGUGUGCGUAACAGUGCUCUGGUUCUUUCUUUCCAUUCUCAUCAGCUGAUUGAUCAGCUGACGUACAUCAUGAUUUACUCAUCCGGUUCCCUCCUCCUC